AAGGGGAUUUUAAGAAGUUAUGUUAUUAAAAUAAAAUUAGAAAUUGUAUUAAUAGAGAUUCAGAUAGUUACAGAUGACGGAGGCCAUGUGCAGUGUCGUUGGCCGGGCCGGUGGCGCCCCCGGUGGCCGGCAGCGGUACUGAGAAUCCAGCCGGAGCCUCGCUGCGUUGAGUCAGUCCGCCGUAGCUCUGCCGACUGGAGGGAUGUGACCCCGGAACAGGACGCCCUCCUACAACAACACACCAUUCAAACAGAGCACAGAAGAAAGUAAAGCUGGACCAGGAGGGAGCCACAGGAGCAGGGGGGAUGAACCGCGAGGAGGCCCCGGGGAAGUCUCCUGAAGACAUGUACAUCCAACAGAAAGUGCGGGUCCUGCUCAUGCUAAAGAAAAUGGGAUCAAAUCUUACACCAAGUGAAGAGGCUUUUCUCCGGAAUUACGCAGGUGUGGUCCACAGUCAGAUGAGCCAACUCCCACAGCACAACAUAGACCAGGGUGCAGAGGAUGUGGUGAUGGCGUUCUCACGGUCAGAGACGGAGGAUCGACGGCAGUGACCCUGGCCCCCCCACGUCCCCUCCCGCCCAUCCCGCCCCGCCCCGACCCCCACCCCGCCCUGCACGUGAUCCACAACUCCAUUAAAACUCCACAAACACAACACUGAUGAGCUCAGGAGAAGAGGGAUGCCCAGGAGGGACAGAAGAGGACGGGGAGGUGGCCGCCUCGCCCUCCGCCCGACCUCUUCCACCCCGACGACUCCUCGUACAAGUCGGCACACCGUUACCUGAGAUGCACUCAAGUGGGUCACUGUGGGCUGAAGCCUUGGCGACAAGGCGGUCAGUGAAAACACUCAUAGAUUGUGUGGAUGAUUAUCAAAUCUAGGUUUUUUUUUUUUGGUUUUUUUUUGGGGGGGUGGAGGGAGGAUGGUUUUGUUUUGUAUCGUUUUGUCUGUGUUGAGGCUUUAGGCAGUGUUACGUGUUCUACCUGCUGCGGUCACUGGAGGAAACUGACCAGUCGGCGGUUGACUGAAGCAAAGAGAAAUAUAGUUUUGGUCAAGCAGCGAAUGUGUGAUGGUUGGUUGUGUUAGAAGAGAGAGAUUUUAAGUAUUUCUGCAUACCCUAAGUGGGCUAAAGUUGUUUUCGGAUUAGCUGUUGUUGCGUUAAAGGCUUUUUGUACUCUGUCCACCAGGGGCCUCAUUUAUAAACGCAUUGAAUAGAAGCAUGACUCCCACACAGAUGCUGGGAUUUAAGGGUGUUACUGGUCUAUCCAUACGUUUAUGGAAACUUGCAUGCUAAAGACAAAAUGAAUUAAAGUUCAAAAACCUCAAGUCAAAUGCAGUGAACAAAAGAAAAUCCAAUUUGUAAGUGGUUCGUAAUGCGUUUGUCAAAAGCUGCAAUGUCUCUUGUGGACAUUAAUAAGUGGAGGAUCAUGCAUAAAUAGAUACUGAAUGACCGUAAAGUUAAACCCCUUUAUAAUAAUGUAGAAUACAUCCUCAAAAGGGUUACAAUUUGGCAAUUAUUGUACAUUAACAAGCACUUAUUGCUGUGUACAACCCAUUAAACUGUCUUUUAAAUCAUGUGUCAAUCAUGUGUUAUACCCAUACCUGCCCAUAAAUAAUUAAUCAUCUCUCUUCAAAUCUAACUUAAUUACACCUGUUGUGUUGUUCAUGUGGUUGUAAAGUAAACCCCCGUCACUGCUGUCUGCGACACGCCGAUCUACCUAAACCAGAGACAAAAACAGCACCCACCAAGUCCGACCGACUCAAAAUCACCCGCAUUUUCUGCUCCGUGACAUUUCUCCUUGUGAUUUGCAGUAUUGCUUCAUGUACAAAUCCUAUAAUGACAAGCUGAUUGAUGUGUGUGUUAACAGUCACACCAGGCCCGUCGUUAAUCAUUCGUGUUUAAUUACGCGAGCUAACAGGGCGGCGUGACGAGGCUCGCGCCGUGAUCGAUGAGAUUUCGAGCGUUUUUCUUUCGGGUUUGUUUCCACGCGGAAUCCGUGCAGCGUUUUUUAUAAAUGAGGCCCCGCUUGUUCUUUCUGCUGCUUUAUUUUGAACCAUAGGCUGUCGAGAGUGCAACGAUGCUUUUUCUCACGAGGGGAAGCGCAAGAAUUAAAAAGACACUACCAGACAUAAUCGCAUCAAACGUGAAACACAGGUGUACGCGUUCUCCCCAAACAAAUACUGGCUUUGGGU